UCGCUGAUUGCUGUGGGCGCCAGUGAAGCUAAUAUAUAUAAUGAGAUACACGACAUAGCCGCAGCAGCUCCACUCCUUUUAUCCCAUCGCCCUCGCCCUUCAUGUUAACCCACUCGCAAAAUGUGGCUCUGUCGCCGCUAAACUUCGCCAACUACGAUAAUGAAUUGCUUGAAGCUCUGUGGAUCACACUCACGGAGAGCGCGGUGGAGCCUAUGCAAGCGCCUGUGCCGUCCUUGAUCAAUUUCGCGGAAGAUUGCUUGCUUUGCGCUCUUGUUAUGUUGAGGAAGUUCGAUGAGAAUGUUUUCUCUGACGACCUCCCUUCGGAGCAUGAACUUGGAGCUCCCUGGGCGGAGGAGCCAAUUGGCAUCGUGUAUAUCACCGCUGCCCCUGCGCAAUCUGCAGCACAGGAAGCGAAUGUUGGGAUCAUCAUCUCUCAAGCGCAUCAAUGCAAGGGCUUUGCGCGCGAAGCCGUAGAGCUUGCGCUGGCAUGGGUGUUUGAAGACCUCAAGUUCCACCGCGUCCAAGCGGCGCUUAUGAAUGACGCCCAGAAAGACCGUGCGAUGAGGCUGUUCGUGGGGCAGGGAUUUACGCAUGAAGGCACUCGGCGGCGUUCGGUGCUCAAGCCGGAGAGUGGGGGUGUGGUGGGUGUGUGGAAGGAUGUGACGUACCUCGCGAUGCUUGAUACGGAGUGGGCGCUUAGGAACGUGCUGAAGCGGAGGGGCCCAGCACCGACUUUGUGGGAUGAGAUGUUCGCGCGGCACACGAGGGAGAGAGAGGAGAUGGUGAAAUGGGAUGAGAAGCAUAAUAGGAUCAGGAAGGUGUCGAGCACGGAGACACUGCGCCAUGGAGAAGUGACUUCACGUCAACCCACCUAUAUUAUAGACCCAUGGUUUUCAGACCUGUCGUCUUCCUCAUCCCAAACCUCCUGCUAUGGUUCGGUGCCGCCAUCGCCAAACCCAGGCGCUGCAGAUAUCUCCAAAGCCAUGCGAGAAUAUCUUGACUUCGGGGAGAGCCGCCCGAGAUGGAACCCAUUGGAAGAAGAGAUAGAUGACGUCUCGCGGCAGUCUUCGCCUUCCCCGUACAAUCUUUCUGUCCCCGGGACACCGAUCCCUAUUCCGCCUCGAUCACCUUCAGUUCCUUCCAGCGUCUCUGAAUUUGAAUCGGAGGACGAGAGUGAGGUUGAGCCUUCAUGGCGAGCGUUUCGCAGAAUCCCUAGCUCAGACGGGAGUUCCUCGAGCAGUCAUCAUCUAUCUUGGGCGCAGCGCCCUCUGUCCCCUAUCAUUCGGCCUGAGAGUGCGAGUGGAGGUUCUGAGUCCGAGUCCUGGUCUGACGCGUCCGACGGCGGUCCAGAUGGCAGUGGCAGUGGCAGCGACUGGGAUAUGAUGUCUGAGCCAGAGCAAUCAUCAUGAUCGAUCGCACUGCGCAUGCUACGUAUUUGACGUCUGCCAUUAUAAUAAUGGAGCUCGUCGUCGUCGUCUUGUUAUGAUCUCUAAAUGUUUGCUAAUGUCCGGACUCCGAAUCAUGUACAACCACUCAAACAAGCCUUGUACAGACCUUGUCUCAGUCUAGUGACUAUGGCGCUGGAUCUGUUCAACU